ACUUUCCUUCAGAAAGACCGAAUGAACCGUCAUCCUAAACAACUCAGAGCUCAGAUUUCUUCUCUGGACAGCUGGCUUUUUUAGUCCUUCUAAAAUACUGUCUACACAGAUGAGAGAGGUGCUGUGAAUUACUUCCAUUAUGGAUCUGACUUAAAGUCAGCUACUCCAAGAUACCAUUUGUAGAGACUAAACAUAAUAUUCAAUGUAGCAAAGAUGAGCAUUGGAAAUGUAAGGUAUCCAAUCACCCACUAUAAUUUUGAAAGGCCAAGAGCUUAUUAAGAACACUGGAGGGCUGCCUGGAGUAGGCGAUGACUACAGAGUUACACUAGCUGGAAUUGGAUACCUGACUUGUCUGUCUGUUUUUGUCUCCCUUCUCUCACUUGCUCCAUAUUCUUUCUAAUCCUCCUACCCUCCCACUCCCUCCAUUUCCAUACCCUACCCCCACCAACGUUCCUGGAAUUUUGGACUUAGCUAUUUUUAAAACCGUCAACUCAGUAGCAACCUCCCUCCCCCGCUCAGCUGUCCAGUACUCUGGCCAGCCAUAUGCUCCCCCUUCUCCCCACAUCAAAACUUCUCUGGCUCUGUGACCUCAGUGAGAUUGCAGUCAAUCUGGGGAGUUCAGGGGGACAUGGAGAAAGAGAUAAGGGACCCCUUGCUUGGAACUGACUGGCAGAAUAGGCAACCAUGGCUGGAGAAUCGACUGUCAGAGUAAUGUCUGACCUCUGGAAACAUCACUUACAGGUCAAGCCGUCAAAAUUCCCUAGGUAGGAGGGUCAUCAGCUGGGAAGAGCCCACACCUGGGGGGCCGUGGCUGGGUAGGUAUGGGGGAUCCAGGCCAGCUCUCUAGUCCACGGUCCCCCCUUGGCAGUCCCCCAACUCUAAGCACCCUCACUCUCCUGCUGCUCCUCUGUGGACAUGCUCAUUCUCAAUGCAAGAUCCUCCGCUGCAAUGCAGAGUAUGUAUCGUCCACUCUGAGCCUUAGAGGUGGGGGUUCAUCCGGAGCUCUUCGAGGAGGAGAAGGAAGAGGCGGUGGUGGCCGAGGUGGAGGGGUGGGCUCUGGUGGCCUCUGCCGAGCCCUCCGCUCCUACGCGCUCUGCACUCGGCGCACCGCCCGCACCUGCCGCGGGGACCUGGCUUUCCACUCGGCGGUGCACGGCAUCGAAGACCUGAUGAUCCAGCAUAACUGUUCGCGCCAGGGCCCCACGGCGCCUCCCCCGCCCCGGGACCCCGCCCUUCCAGGUGCCGGCCCGGGCCUCCUAGCCCCCGACCCCUGUGACUACGAAAGCCGGUUUUCCCGGCUACAUGGUCGUCCCUCGGGCUUCUUGCAUUGCGCCUCCUUUGGCGACCCUCAUGUGCGCAGCUUCCACCACCACUUUCACACGUGCCGCGUCCAAGGAGCUUGGCCCCUGUUGGAUAACGACUUCCUCUUUGUCCAGGCCACCAGCUCGCCCGUGGCAUCUGGGGCCAACGCUACCACCACCCGGAAGCUCACCAUCAUAUUUAAGAACAUGCAGGAAUGCAUUGAUCAGAAGGUAUACCAGGCUGAAGUGGACAAUCUUCCGGCAGCCUUUGAAGAUGGUUCUGUCAAUGGAGGUGACCGACCUGGAGGCUCCAGUUUGUCCAUUCAAACUGCUAACCCUGGAAGUCAUGUGGAGAUCCGAGCUGCCUAUAUUGGCACAACUAUAAUCAUUCGGCAGGCAGCUGGGCAGCUCUCCUUCUCUAUUAAGGUAGCAGAGGAUGUGGCCAGGGCCUUCUCUGCUGAGCAGGACCUGCAGCUCUGUGUUGGGGGAUGCCCUCCAAGUCAGCGACUCUCUCAAUCAGAGCGCAAUCGUCGGGGAGCUAUGACCAUUGAUACAGCCAGACAGCUGUGCAAGGAAGGGCUUCCAGUGGAAGAUGCUUACUUCCAUUCCUGUGUCUUUGAUGUUUUAAUUUCUGGUGACCCCAACUUUACUGUGGCAGCUCAGGCAGCUCUGGAAGAUGCCCGAGCCUUCCUGCCAGACUUAGAGAAGCUGCAUCUCUUCCCCUCCGAUGCUGGGGUUCUUCUCUCCUCAGCAACCAUCCUAGCCCCACUUUCUGGGCUGUUUGUUCUGUGGUUUUGUAUUCAGUAAGGAGGUCAGCAAUCCCAGUACUGAUUUGGAGAUGAUUUGGACAUUGAGAAUGCUAUGGAAGAACAUAAAGAAUCACUAAAGAAAAUCAUAAAGACCAGGAGACAUGAAACAAUGACAUUUAUCCAUAGUCAAAUGAGGCCGAAGUUACAGAAUAAAGAUUGCAGACAAAGUUUUUUUUUUUUUUUUUUUUGUAGAAACAGAGUCUCACUGUACCGCCCUCAGGUAGAGUGCCGUGGUGUCACACGGCUCACAGCAACCUCUAACUCUUGGGCUUACCGAUUCUCUUGCCUCAGCCUCCCGAGCAGCUGGGACUACAGGCGCCCACCACAACGCCCGGCUAAGUAGACAAAGUUUUUGCAUUCUAGACCUCCAUAGGUGCUCUCCACCAAUUUUUCCAAUCCUGCUUAUUGUAAGCAAAUUGCUCUAAUCUACUGUCUACUUCAGAGAUUGCCUCCAUAAGCUUAGAGGUAGUGGGAGGGGUCCUGAUGAUCAAUAAAUUAAGGGUUCAGAUUUUUUUUAAGAGGCAAGAACUGAAAAAGGAACACAUGAUCAUUGCCCAUAAGAAAUUCAAAAGAGGAGGAAAUAGGGGUAAAGUUUAUGAUGAAAAUAUGUCAGUCAGGUAUGUUCUGUUUUCUUAGUUCAGAAAUUAAGUGGGCAUUAUCUGGAUAUAUGGGAAGGGAGUCUCUGCUUUUGGAGAACAGCAAGGAUAGGACAGAAGCCAUCAUCCCCACCCCUAACUAAUCCAUCAUUAAAGCUAUGAAUUCUUCACGCCA